AUGGACGUAAGAUCAGGACUCACGAGCGAAGCAACUAAGAUAGGGGUUAAGAAAGAUGUGAAGUUUGAGGUUGAUGAUGCAUGCUGCUUGAAGUCCAAUCCUACUUUGGUGGGACAUGUCUGCAGAACUGACCAUGAUGCUGAUAACGAUGAACCCCUGAACCUGAGUACAUGCUUAAUCCUUUCUUAUACCCCCGUUCCCCAGAAGGACUUGGAGGAGUUCCUGGAAACUGGAGUACCUCCAAAAGGGUAUGUUUUUGUUAGCUUCACAGAGCCCUCGCAGGGAAACUCGCUUAUACAUCAGAGCGACCUUGAACUAGUCGAUCGCACUUUGGAUCUCGGCGAUACUGUCAAGCGGCACCCAGAUGACACAAUCAGUGGUACGGUCAUCAGUACCUCUGCAACAUGUAGCCUUGAGCCUAUCGCUUAUCGAACGCUCGACCCCAAGACUGGAGAGUAUGGCCCUCUCAACUUCACUGAAACGGCCAUCAAGCGGGAAGGCAGCCUAGCAAUUGAGAACGAUGCCACAAAACCUCCACUUCUGCAUGAGAUUCCAGUAGUAGAACUCAAGAAAUACGAAGAAUUUUCCGAAGGCGAUUAUAUUGUCUACCGGCAGAAGCUCGGAAUCAUCCAUGGCAUUGAUCGUGAUGCCAUUCUGCUCCUUCCAAACCAAAGUGUUGUAUCUCCCCUCGAUCCUAGUGCCCUGGAGAUUCCGCUUCCAUUCGAAAUCGAGAGUCUCGUGGCGUUGCCCAACAAUACAAGUGCUAUGCGACAUUACCCCUUGGCCAAUGGUGGCUCAAUUUGGUCCAACGAAUCAAAUUUCCGCAGCCUCAAUCCCACAGCCAGAGGCUAUGUCAUAGCUACGCCGGCCAUGGAUAUUCAAGUCGACUGGCUCUGUCCAAAUGUUUUUGCCGCAGGCACAUCCCAUAGUGGCACAAACCUCGAUGUAAUAAGAGCAUCUACUCUCCGUGGAAACGCAAUGGUAUGCGACUUUGGACAGGUUCCCCAGGAAAACCCAAAUGAAAAACCUGUUUAUUCAGAUACCUGGCUUAGCAUCGGGGAUAGGGUGCGUUUCCGGAAUUCAAUUUCUGCAGCUGUAAAAUAUCCGGCAUAUCAACACAUGCCCACUGAGCAAACAUUCGGCUACGACGUAAACAUCCUCCGUGUUACUUCCAAGAAGACGAAGGUCACUGUUCAGUGGCAAGAUGGGACUACCACCACCGAAGCAGCCACCUCUCUGCACAAAUUCUUUGGCGCUGAUGACGAAGUCUGGCCUGGAAAUUUAGUUGUCACGAAAGAUGGUAUUGAGGCUAUCCGGGAACCCUGCAAGAACAAUACGGGGCCCUUCGGGCACCAUAUGAAAGAGACAUUGCAUGUUAGGAGAGUCGGGGUGGUUCAAAAUGUGGAUAGCCAGGAGAGGAUAGCAUCGGUCCGCUGGCAUAAAGAUCCAGAUAUCAAAAUGACACAUCAGGGAAACAUGUUGGUGCCUGGAUCCUUCCUAGGCGAACUUAGCGAUGUUGUCACAGAAGUCUCCAUCUAUGAGCUUUACUCAUACUCUAGCAUGCAAAGGGCACUGAAUGACCUAGUUCUUCUGGCACCUGGAAUAGUUCACCGGUCAUCAAUACCAGCAAUUGGCAGUGAGCCGACUAAAGCAGCUGGUCCUUGUCGGCUGAGCGCUCUCUCUCCUGUCACCUUCUCAGAGACGUUUUCAUACCUUGAGUCCAUGAAAUUAUCCAUGGUGAACUCAGAAUGGUUCAAAAGGACUACUGAGAUUGACACGUCACCUGUGCCUUCCAGAUAUAGCGUACAUCACGAAGAAUUUAACAUCAAACUGCCAACGGACUUCAUCGGUAAGAUCGUUUCAAUAGAUACUGAGGGCACCAUCACCAUUCGAACUGCAGGCGCCGACAAUGUUCGUGAUAUUCGCGUGCCAUGGGAGAGAAUCAUGAUGGUAAUUGAUGAGGAUAAUAUAAUUCCGCCUGCGUCACUCGGGCCAUUCGACUUGUUUAACCUCACGGAUAUCGAUCGUUCUGUACAACCAGCCGACCUCCCCUUCACUGAGACAAUUGAAUAUGAGGGCGGCGAGCGUCUUGAUAAUGAUAGUGGGGAUGAUGAUUGGACGACUGAGGGCGAGUCCGAGCUUGGCGAUGAGGAUUUCGAGGACGUGGAAUACGAUAGCGAGGAUGCCGAUGGGCUCGUGGCCCCCGCAUUGUCAAUUAUCAGUCCUCCUGAGAGGCUCGAUCAUGACGAGCAGGAACAGCCUGGUACUGAUGAGGCCCGAGCUGAAGUUCCUCGAGUGGGAAAUAGAUUACUUAUACUCUCAAUAGCCUGGCCAUCGUCAUGUCCUCCGGGAUUCUCUCUGUUAGAAAGCCCGGCCCCUUCCGACCACCAUUUCUUUUCUAGGGUUCCGAGCGAGGCUCCUGGAUUGCGUACCAAGCGUAUACAAAAAGAAUUCGAAAUUCUCCAGUCCUCUCUACCGGCUGGAAUUUUCGUGCGGACAUGGGAGUCUCGAAUGGACCUCUUACGGGUUCUGAUAAUUGGGCCUCAAGGAACACCAUAUGAGCAUGCGCCGUUUAAACGGGAUGAUCAACCUAACUUGGGAGAAAAUGGCAAUAUCUGCUUGAGUCUCCUAGGAACUUGGCCUGGGAAACACCCCACGGAAAGUUGGUCCCCCACCAGCUCGACGGUCUUGCAGAUCCUGGUUUCAAUCAUGGGUCUCGUGUUGGUAAAAAUGCCAUUCUACAAUGAGGCUGGCUAUGAAACACUUGCUGCGGAAGAAGACAGACACGUCGAGUCGACCCAAUACACGGAGAAAGCCUUCCUGAUAACACGAACAUUUAUCCAACACGCCCUUGAAAACCCUACCGCUGGCUUAGAAGAUGUUCUAGCAUGGCAUUAUUUCGCAGAACCCCGGCAGGAACAAAACAAUGCUGGCAUCCGCCCACGACUACUGCGUCGAGCUAUUGACGAAGCCCUUGGCAUGAUUGAACAUCAUAACCGCACCACAGCAGGUGAAAAGUUGAGUGAGGAGCAUGCGGCAUCGGCCUUUGUGUCUCGUCUUAGUCUAGGAGCAGUUGUGAUGCUACGAAAGCACAUUAAUACACUGGAGAAGAUUGAAUUAGCUGUGAAUUCUGUCGAGAGAGUUUAA